CCGUUGGCUGGCCUAUUCAGUCAUACCCUGUCUGUCGACCACUUUCCCCGUAAAUCCCUUCGCCUUAACUCCCAAAUUAAUAAGCACGUCCUAGUUCUCAUUGUCCUCAAAACCAAAACAAACACAUACCCAAAAUCCACAAGCAAAUUGUAAAUUUGAAAAUUUGCAAAUAAAACACAUACAUACUCUCAUACCCCAAAUAUUGUAAGGCUCAUUUUUGUGUGAAUUCUUUUUCCAAUGGCCUGCUUGGUCUUGCCAAUUGCAAUGCUGAAAAAGAGGUGCAUGGGGUCACGGAUAGGCGGCUACCGGCAUUUAACCGAAGAGGGGUUCGGAGGAUUGGAGAAUCCGGUGACCGUGGUGGUCGGGAAGGAGAAGAGGGAGUUCUUGGUAGACCCUUUUGUGCUAGAAGAGAACCCGUUUCGGGUUUUAAUCGAGAUGAUGAACAAGGACAAGAAGAUGGUGGAUUUUAUUGAUCAUGAGAAUGGCAAGGGGAGGAAGGUUUUUGUGGAUGUUGAUGCUAUUCUUUUCGAGCAUAUGUUGUGGUUGAUGUAUAAUGAUUGUUCUUCUUUGUUCAAGCUCAAUCUUAAGGAGAUCAUCGACUUCUAUGCUCAAGAUAAUUAGGCAGAUUCUACAGGAAAAUACAGAGAGGUACUUCAUAUGAAACAGAGGUACCAUGCUGCUCACUGAUACGAGUCUAUAGAAUUCUUCUUGUAAAGAAAUAUUUUAUAAUCUAAUAACUCACACAUGAAUAUACAUAUUGCAAUGGAUAAUUAAUUAUUCAUCUCUCAA